AUGGCGUGCUCACGGACCUGUUCUCGCAUCCUGGGGCUUAGCCUUGGAACUACUGCCCUGCUUGCUGCCGGGACCAACAUGGUGCUCCUGUUUCCUAACUGGGAUUACACCUACCUGCUGAGGGGCCUCAUUGGCAGGCACGCCCUGUUGGGCUCUGGGCUCUGGGGAGGGGGCUUCAUGGUGCUCACUGCAGCUACCCUCAUCUCUUCGCUGGGCUGGGGAUGUGGCUGCUUCAGUAAGAGUGGGCCCUGCUGUAGUAUGCUGGUUUCUCUGCUGUCAAGUGGCCUGGCUUGGCUUGGAGCCUUGCUGUGCUUUAUCACUUCUGGAGUGGCCCUGAAAGAUGGUCCUUUUUGUAUGUUUGAUAUCUCGUCCUUAAACCAGACGCAAGCUUGGAAGUAUGGUUACCCUUUCAAAGACCUGCAGAACAGGAAUUAUUUGCAUGACCGUUCACUCUGGAAUUCCGUCUGCCUGGAGCCCUCUAAAGCUGUCGUUUGGCACGUGUCCUUCUUCUCCGUCCUUCUCUGCAUCAGCCUCCUGCAGAUUCUCCUGGUGCUCAUUCAUUUUAUCAAUAGCUUUCUGGGCCUUUUUUGCAGCCUCUGUGAAGAGUGA